AUGUUAUCUUCUAUCACGCGCCUCGCGCGCCCAGUCCUGGCCAAGCCCCUCGCUCAAUCGCCCAGGACAUUCACAACCCUCGUUCCUCUCCGACCCUCGCUCACUCCCAUGAACGGCGCUAUCCGACGAACAGUUCUCCCCUCAAGCUUCACCCCCUCGACAGCCGCAUCAGCCGAUAUCGUUCCUUCGAGCGCCAUCUCAGCACACCCUGCCCUCGGCGAUAUGCAGAUUCGCUGCGGACCCCGAAAUACCAUGAAUGGACAUACGAGGCUGGUUCAGAAGCGCAGACAUGGAUUCCUAUGUCGCAAGCGAAGUAAGACGGGGAGGAAGAUUCUCCUCAGAAGGAAGAUCAAGGGCCGAAGGCAUAUCGCUCAGUAA